AUGGACUCUGCCCUGAACAUAGUUCAGCAGGGUUCCAUUGCUAUGAUGUUACCUUUAAUAGCUGUACAAGAGUUGCCGGUAAAAAAGAUCAUAGUAGUACUAAGCCUAUUGGAGCAAUUUAAAUUCCGACUUGAUAUUAAGGACCAACAUGAAGGUCGGACAGUUUUCCUCGAAGCUUGCAACCGAUUGAUGAAAAGAGACAAACAAUACGCAACCGAAUUCCCUGCUCUAGUUGAUUGGUUUCUUUAUAGCAUGAAGUUUAAUGUAAAUGAGAGAGAUAACGAAGGUUGGACUUCGUUACACUUCAUUAUGGAACUUAAGCACGAGGAAUUUAUAAUUCCUACUUUAAAAAAAACUUCUCCAACACGGUGCCGAAGAUUGUAA